GUUGGAUUGCUAGUAGACUUUGCAACAUUGUCAAUUUAUCAUCAUCAUCCAGAAUAGCAAACCCAAAUCAUAAUUUCUGUUUGUGUCUUCACAAUGUCAAUCACAUAACUUCUCAUUUUCAUAAACAUAACCCCACCAAACACCAAUUAACAUUAAUCACUUGAAUCAUUCCUUAAUCAAAUUCAGGUUAAUUUCUUAAAUUUUAAAUUAAUUAAUAAUUAAUUCCUUCCUUGCAGUCUCACCCAUCAGUCACCACUCACCAUCAACACCAGCUAGCUUUUGGGUUUACCUUUUUCUCUUUUGUUUGUUGUUCAUUGUUGGUAAACCCCAAAUAUUUUCUUGGAUUUCAAAAAAACAAAAUGUUUGAUUUUGGGGAUGAAUUCAUACUAGACAACAAUCGAAUACCUUGGCUUAUAUGGAUUCAGAUUUUGGUCAUGUUUCUUCUCACCUUUAUCAUUCUCUUCACUUACUUUGUUCUUGAUUCUUCCCCCAGUAAUUCUCUAUCUACUGUUUCACCCACUUUGGAGAAUCCUUCAAGCUGCUCUGGAAGAACCCAGGUUGGUGGAAAUCAUGGGAAGGAAAUGGCUACUACAACUAGCUGCCAAACAAGGCAUGUAGAAAACAAUUCUGAAAGGGAUGGCAAUUCGAGUAAAGAUUUGAGUCCUUCCCCUGUUACCAGACGUUUCUUCCAUCCUUGUACUUACUUUGAUUUCGCAAAACAAGCUUUCCUCAAGUGUUUAGGUUUGGGUUCAGGAUCCAAUGAACAUGAACAUGAAAAUUGAUGUAUGUAUAUCUGCCAUUUUCUCUUUCGAUGUUCAUUUAGUACCUCAAAAUCAGGGUAGCUUACUUUUGCUGUUACUAAUUUUCUGCGGAAACCAUUCUUUGAGUAAGUUAGCUGUACAGGUUUGACAGAAAACCACAAGUGCAUAUAUAAUUGACAUAAUGUAUGAAUUGUUGGCUUAACAUCUUUUUAUAAUCCGACAUUCUAAGAAUACUGCAUUUAUUUGGAGAAUUCGGGUUUUUAAUUUAGGCGAUGGUCUACCAUUUUAAUCUUACAGAGAGAUCUCCAAUGAAUGAUUUUGUUAUGCGAUGACAAACGGGCUACGUUCUGUGUAUUUUCUGCGGGGAAACGAGUGUAAUUUGUUCGUUAUUGUGUAAAUCUAGUGUCUCAUUUUUUUUUGUACUACUAGCACAAAUGAUAUAUACCGAGUUUGUUAUAAUAAUCCUUGCAUAAGGUUUAUAAAUUACUACUUUCUGUGAAAUGUUAAGAGGUUUUGUGACGAAAGGGAAGUUACUAUUAUUGGAUAUAUGUUAUGCCAUAGUUGUUUUGGGGCUGCCAUUUCCCUUGUAUGUUACCGCUAAGGCGCUAACCAUACAAUCGAGCGAGUGCUUUUCCUUAUGAAAAGGAUUGCAUCUUCCAAUCUAGAGAGGUUGGAAGCUCAAUCGUCAUUAGGGCUAGCUUCAGUUGGGAUUCCACUUGCCCACCCGCAACUCUCAAAGAGUUGCCUGUUUGAUCUGGGUUGGGUUGUUUAACCCGUAUGGAUUCUCGACUUGAUAGGGUAUUCAUCUUACUGAUAAUUAAACAUCACUGAUCAUAAAACAUUUUCUCUUUGAGUUGGGUUGUUGUAGUUGUUAGAUGGUUGAAUCUGCUACCUAGAGUGACCCAUAAUAAGGUUCCGUUACUCUUGUCGAUUUCUUGGACAAAGCCGCAUUCACCCACUGCCACCGCCCACCCGGUAGAUGAACCUGAUAGAGAUGGAUUCUUAUACAAUCUAAAGCUUGAGUGAUCUCCAUGCAAGAGAUUGAUUCAAAGGAACAUUAAUUAAGUGUAGUCUUCACACAUGAAAAGUUUGGUAGAGUAAUACUAUAUUACAAGUAUUUAGUUUAUAUCCAAGGCUAUAUCGAUACAACUUAUGUGACUAGUGUUUAAUUCUAUGUUAUUGUGCUUCGUUCACUUAAGAAACCUCUUACGUGAAGGGUGAAGGGGACAACUAACGUGGUUACAAUAGAAGUAAUAUGUACUUUCUAUGUCCCUCUUAUUUUAUUUUUUCAUUUUAUACAAGUUAUAAAAUAAGAGAAAUUUAGUGGAAAGAGAAAUUGACUUAGAGAAAAGAACUAUUGUCAAAAAAAAAAAGAAAUGGUGUGAAAUGAGAGACAUUAGAAGCUAAAAUAUCACAAGAGGAAAACAGGUUAGAGACUAGAUAAUGGCGAAUCUUUGCUACAACUAAGAAUGGUCAUGAGUCCACGAUUCUAUUGGACUCACCCUAGAUUCGCCCCUAUUUUUAACAUUUGGGUUUAAUUUUUGAGACUCAUAGGAUUUAAAUUUAGUUUUGGGUCAAAUAAACAAAUAAAUAAAUGUGUCUGGGUCUAGAUUAAGAUCAAUAACCAUUUAUUUAAAUUUGACUUUGGGAAAAAGACAACGUUGAUUAUGGUGUGAAGGACUUUUCCUUCAACAUUGAAAAAAGGGAGGGUAGAAUUUUUUGUUUUGAUGGCAAGUAAGAAUUCUUUCCUUGCUACUGCCUAGAUGAGCAAUGAUCCAUAAUCCACUUCAUUUACACAAGUGCAUGAUACAUGUGUACAUUUGUGGUGAAAUAAUGUGAGGAAUAAGAUAAAUACAACAGAGAAUAACACAGCAAACAAAAUGAAGCAACAAAAAGAAGAAAUAAGAACACAAAAUGAUUUUUGAGGUACCUUAGAUACCUUCCCCUCAAACAAAGAUUUAUAUCAUUUGAUUCAACUAUAAAUUAAUGAAACAAACCCUCACACACUUGAAAACAACCUCUCAAACUUAAAGGUCUCACUUAUAAUGGAGAUCGCACUCAAUCUAAUACAAAUAGACUCUAGGUUUCCCAAAGCCCAUUUUUUCUUGUAUUAGCCUACUCUCUUAAUACUCUAAUACUAAUUUAUGUCUCCUUAUAUAGCCUACAACACAUCAAAAUAACCCUUGAACAAGUACAAGACGUGCUCUUCAAGCAUAGACUAAAUAAAAAAACUCGCAACUGCCCCUAGACCAGGGUGUUCGAGCUACCAAGUCAUUCACUUGAACGAGCGCCUACUAGUACUCAUUCAUUAGAUGCUUCCAUUGUUGUGGCUUGUUUAAGGCACCCUUUAUAUACCGCUUUGUUUACUAGUGAUCUAAAUCUCAAUCUUCCAUGUCCCAUUGCACACCAACAUUUUUCUAGUGUGUAAGCCAUGGAAAGGACAAUUAGAUGGCUAAAGUCAUCUCCCACACUUGGAACUUGACACAAUAAUGUCCCUCUCAAGGCUAUAUCUCCCAUCUUAAACAAUAUCACCUUCUCGAGUUACUUGCUAGCAUCAUUAACUUUGUGGCCUAGGCAACCACUACCAACUUGUAGCAUUUACAACUUUCUUUUACUCUUUCGUCGUCUCAUGAGCACCAUGCUCCCUUUAAUGAUAUUUAAAGACACUACUAGCCUUGAAGGAGCAUCCCUUAGCCUCCAAUCUAUCUAAUGACAUGAAAUUCCUCUCAAACUUAGGAACAUACCUAACAUCACCUAGCUUCCUCUUUGACUACAUCAUGUGUCACAAUAACAAUCUCUCCUAAUCCUUCUAUUUUCACCUUCUCAUCCUUUGGCAAAGUGACAAGACCUCCAUUACACAAACUAAGCUUAGAAUUUUUUUAACGUCAAAUAUGGAAUGAGCAACCGAAGUUAAUCCCCAUCAACAAGAACUACCCUAUGAUUUUCAUCUUUAUCAACAAAGCCUAGAACAACAUCUCCGCUAUUCUCAAAAUCCUUCCUGUCACCAUCCCUCUAACUCCUCAUCCUCUUGAGAUCUUCCUUCCUCCCCCUGCACAUUAUUUGAAUAUGCCCUUUCUUCUUACUAUAAUAACACUCCAUGUUACUAGGGUCAUUAUCCCUUCCUUGAGACUUACCUUUCCCUUAGUAACCUUUCUUUUGGGUUUUCCUCUAUUAGAACCCUCCCCAUACAAGCCUUCUCCACUACUCUUCUUCUCUUUCCCCUCACAUCUCACCAUGAAUCUAUCAUUCUCUCUCAACACUACCAAUGCUUGAUAAAGAGUAAUAGCGUCCCUCCAAAUAAGCUAUAUUUGGACUAUAUUUCUAUAGCUCUUGGGUAGAUAAGCUAAAAAAGUAGGAAUUUCUUCAUAUUUGAAAGUUUCUUAUCCACAUUCAACAAUUGACACAUAAGUUGGUUGAAUGUGUUAAUUUGAUUUUGCAUUAUUGUAUCCUCUUCUUCAUGAGUUAAUACAACUCUAACCUAAAGCAAAGUUUGUUGGUAAGAGACUUCAAAGCAUUCAUCGCUUGAAGAUUCUCCAACAACACAUGUGGAUAUGUCUCCUUCAAGUAUUUAUACUUGAUUUCAUUUGCAAAUGGCAAGCCAAAUGCAAUCACUGGCUUCUUCUUCAUGGAUACCCACAUCCCAACCUCAAAAGAUGUAGACUUUGUUUUCUUUAGAGCUUCAUCAAUGCCUUGAUAAAUAGGUCUGCAACACAAUUCUUCGACAUCAAAAAAGUUCAUCUUUCCAUCAAACAAUGAAAUAUGGAACCUUGGUCCUUUAAUCAUCUUGUUUCUUCAUCAAAAUGUUUCUUUCACUCACCAAAUACCCAAAAAACUUACCAAGCACGAAUUUCAAUUGAAAUGAAAGGUUUUAGGACCUAAUAUUUAAGGAGAAGAAUAAGACAAAUACAAUAGAGAAAGACAAAGCAAACAAAUUAAAGCAAAAAAAUAAGAAAUUAGAACACAAGAUGAUUAUGAGGUAUCUUAAAUGCCUUCACAUGAAACAAAGAUUGAUAUCAAUAAUGAUUCAAUAACUCAUCAAUGUAACAAAUCUUCACACACUUGAGAAUAACCUCUCAAGCUUAAAGAUCUCACCUUUCAUGGAGAUCACAUUCAAUAUAAUACAAAUGGUCUCUAGGUUUUCAAUAUCCCUUUUUUCUAGUAUUAGCCUACUUUGUUAAUACUCUAAUAUUGAUUCAGUUGUCUUUAUAUAGCCUACAACACAUUAGAAUAACCCUAAAACAAGUAUUUAACACUCCCUCCAAUAAGCAUAAACUAAAUCAGAAAACCCACAACUGCUUUUGCACCCAGCCGCUUGAACAAACAAGUUAUGCGAUCGAAUGAGCGCCUAUUUGCAAGCAUUUACGGGCUCAUUCAAGAUACAUUUCAUACACCCUUUUGUCACUUUAUGUAGUGAUCCAAACCUCAAUCUUUUAUUAUCUAUUGCACACCUAACGGCCAACGUCAUUCUCUAGUGUGGGCGCAAGACAUAAAAUGGAUGAGAUGACCAAAGCCAUCUCCCACACUAGGAGAUUUAGAACUUAGCACAGCAUGUGGAUGUGUUACCCAUCAACCCUUAAGGCCUUAGCUGAUGUCGUUUUGGUAGCUGGUGAAUGCUAGCGCAAAGUUGUACGACUUCAUUUACUUCCUAUUGCUCAGUGAAGCACUUGUCGAAGAAUGUGUACUGUCCAAGAUAUUGCAAAUAUAUGCAGGCUUACACAUUACAAAAGGAGCAAUUAAGAUUACAGUUGAAAGUUAAAU